UGCUACCGUGUUUUGGCCAAGGCACGCAAUGAUAGUCCUCCUGCAGUUCUCGUGAACUUCGGUAGUGAUAUGGCUCGUGUUUCGGUACUAAAAGGUCGCAAAAAUUUGAAAAACAGUAAUAUAUUUAUAAAGGAAGAUUUAACUAAAAAUCGCCUUUUUCUACUUAAUAAGGCCAUUGACUUGUUUGGUGUCAAAAACGCAUGGGUCCUGAAUGGAGUUAUUUAUACUAAGUUUAACAAUAAAGUGCAUCGUAUACCUAGUGAAAGUGACUUAAUUAAAAUAAAGUCUGCUUAGCUUAAUAAUGGACAGUAAUUUAAUACGUUUUGUUAUUGUUAUCAAUACUCAUGCAAUUUCGAUUUUCGGGGACUUUAAUAUUAAUUUAUUGAGUCUUCAAAAUCCACUUACUACACUUUUUGAAAACUACAACCUACAUCAAGUAAUUGAAGAGCCCACACGAGUAACGGCAAAUGUAAGUACUCUUUUAGAUGUCAUAUUUGUUUCUAAUGUGCUGUUGGUUUCUAAUAAGGGUGUGUUAUCGGCUGAUGCCGUAUCCGACCAUAAAAUUAUAUAUUGUGAAUUAAAUUUAGCAAAAAUAAAUUGCAGUCAAAAAAUUGUUAGGUACCGUUGUUUUAAAAAUUUUAAUGUAUACAAUUUCAAUGCAGACAUGCACAAUUUGCCGUGGGAUAAUAUUUUUUACGAAAAUGACAUUAAUAUGAAGAUAUCUAUGUUUAAUAACUUUAUUUUAACCCUUUUUGAUAGGCAUGCGCCUGUCCGAGAAUCUCGCAUUACUAAGCCUAAAGCACCAUGGCUCACAGAAAACCUAAAAAUCUUUAUGAGACAAAGGGACGAUGCCUUGCGUAUAUUCAAACAGUCAAAACUAUUGGAAGAUUGGAAUACUUACAAAGGUUUAAGAAAUUUUACUUUGUCUCGGGUUCGGAGAGAGAAGAGGAAGUAUAUCGAUUCACUUUUUUUAAAUAAAAGAGAACCGAGUCAGCUGUGGAAUGCACUAAAAAGUUUUAAUAUUUGUAAGAAUAAGGAUGGUCUAAUUCCGUCGUUUCUCUCUGAUCCCAAUGAGAUAAGUAAUUUUUUUGACUUAACUGCGCAGGUCAAUCCAGGCUGUGAGGAAAAAACGUCUUAUUAUAAUAAUAACUUUUAUAGAGAUGCGAAUAUGUUUAGUUUCCAUUUAACGAGUCCGGAUGAGGUUAACAAAAUUUUAAAUAAUAUAAAAACAAUUGCGAUGG